AUGCGUCGGUUACAACGGCUUGAUUUAAGUCGAAAUUUAUGGGCAUCAUCUUCAGAAGAAGAAGAAGAAGAAGAAGAAGAAGAUGAUGAUGAUGAUGAAAAUGAUGAUGAUAAUGACAAUAACAAUCAUAAAGCUUUAAAUAAUAAUAAUAAUAAUAAUGUGGAACUAAAUAAUAAUGAUCUUAUAAUUAAUCCAAUGGUAACAACAUUUCAAGGAAUUCAAUCAACAUCAUUUUCGUCGACUGACCAACAUAAUAUUCGUCUGUCUUAUUUACCUGCUUAUCCGUCAUUGCAGCAAGCAACAACAGCAGCAGCAGCAGCAGCAGCAGCAUCAGCAACAACAACAACAACGACAGCAGCAGCAGCAACAACAGUAGCUAUAGAAGACGAUCUUCUAUUAGCGAAUAUUCCACGUCAGUUAUUAACACACAAACAACGGUAUCGUUAUGACGAACUUUACAAUUUUCAACCAUCAUUUGAAAUAAUUGAUCAAAGUAUUAAGAAUGGAUUCUCAUCAUUUUUCAUUACAAAAUAUAGAAAUUUAUUUGUUGAUUUAACGCGUCGAUUACAUAUUAAUGAUGCUAUUGUUGAUUAUAAUUAUCCACGUCUUUUAAAAUGUUUUGACAUUAUGAUUGAUGAACGAUUGUCUUAUGGACUUAUAAACAAAUCAUUUUAUGAUGAAAAUCGAUUACCUAUUGAGGAAUAUCCAAUAGCAUUAGAAUUUUUUCUACAAAUUGAUCUGAAUUUAUUCUUUAUGAAAACAUGCUCAUUUCGUGGUGCAAUUGCACGCAAUUCAAUAAUUUUCGAUGGUAUAUUUUGUAUUCAACAACCAUAUGCUACCUAUAGUAUGACAGCAUGUCGAAAAUCCAAUUGUCAUUUUUGUUUUCCAACAUCGAUGGUUCGCAAUCGAACUCAACAUUAUCAACCUGUUAUUGAAUUUGAUUUAAUAGAAGAACAUAGAUUUGUUAGUGGUUAUCGAAGUAUUCUCAAUUGUCCUGCAACAUGUCAAACGAAAAAUAUCCUGUAUGUUUUAACAUGUCCUUGUGGUAAAUUUGAUUAUAUUGGAUAUACAUCAAUGUCAUUAGAUAAACGUCUUGCUUAUCAUCGAAAACAUGGUAAUCGAAUUAUUCAUGAAUUUCUUUUGGGACCAAAAAAUAUUCUUCAAGUACAAACUCAGCCAAAAUCAAGAGAAAUGCUAGUAAAAGAUGAUAUGUUACUUUAUAGACAUUCAGCACGUUGUCCAGUAGCUAUGCAAUUAUUUCUUAGUUGUAAUCCACAAUACUGGCCAUUUGUUCCAAUGUUAAACUAUUAUGCAUCUGAUGAGAAUCGAUAUUAUCAAUUACCUGCUCAUAUUCCUGCAGAUCCAACAUCACCAUUAGGAGAAUCUGUUCAUAGACGUAGUGACUGCGAAGCAGGUACUUGUAUGACUGAUUUACCACCAAUGCCAUUUAACAGAUACACAUUUUCUGCACGUCAAUGUGCUGAACAAUUUCAAUAUUUUAAAAAUAAACGAGAUUAUCAACCACUGAAUAACAAUCUUGAUAUAUAUAAUGCAAAAAUUAUUGCUGUUUUGCCAAAUAAUUGUUCUACAUCAUUAUAUCGUCUUUUAGAAGUACUUUUUAUUACACAUGCUCAAACAAAAUUAAAUACAUUAGGUCAUUUAGAUACAUACACUAUGCAUCAAGCAAAUAAUAUCAAUCAUAGUCGAAUACGAACAGAUGUUAUUACUGAUCGUGGUGAUUGGUGUCGUUCUUUACAUAAUCUACCAUGA